CACACUGUCCUCCGCUGCCAUUCCGUCCCGACCGGCCCCUGGAGGAGAGGAACCGCCAGCAGCAGCAGCAGCAGCAGCAGCUCCGCACCGCAGCACCAUCACUGCUGCCUCUCGCCUGCACGGUAACAUGGUUUGCAGGGCUCGGCUAGUGUAGCCAAGGGCCACUUAGUCAGUCACUCAGCUAGUCAGUCGGCGUGUGUGGAUGUGUGUGAGUGUGCACUAAGAAGCAGCAGUAGUAAGCAGACGGAGAUCCAGCAGCGCUGUACAGCAGGAGCACCGGAGGAAAGCGUCCGGAGCGAGCCGAGCAUCCCUGCAUCUCCACCCGGCUGUCCUGCACACCGGCCCCGCUGAACCGGAGCAGGGACACCCCUCUCCCCACCACAGACACCACCUCGGCUCCAUCGGGUGGGAAAAGCAGCCUGGCUAGUGCUGUAGUCACUGUUGUUGUCAAGGAAACCAAGAGUCCCGUCCCGUUGCCAUGGGGAAACAGAACAGCAAGCUGCGGCCAGAGAUGCUGCAGGACCUCCGGGAGAAUACUGAGUUCUCUGAUCACGAGUUGCAGGAGUGGUACAAGGGUUUCUUGAAGGAUUGCCCCAGUGGGACCUUGAAUGUGGAGGAGUUCAAGAAAAUCUACGCCAAUUUCUUCCCUUACGGUGACGCCUCCAAGUUCGCUGAGCAUGUCUUCCGAACGUUCGACACCAACGGCGACGGGACGAUAGACUUCCGGGAGUUCAUCAUCGCCCUGAGCGUGACGUCACGGGGCAAGCUGGAGCAGAAGCUGAAAUGGGCUUUCAGCAUGUACGACCUGGACGGAAACGGGUACAUCAGCCGCGAGGAGAUGCUGGAGAUUGUACAGGCCAUCUACAAGAUGGUGUCAUCCGUGAUGAAGAUGCCAGAGGAUGAAUCCACGCCAGAGAAGAGGACGGAUAAAAUCUUCAGACAAAUGGACCUCAAUAAUGAUGGCAAAUUGUCCCUGGAGGAGUUUAUCAAAGGUGCCAAAAGCGACCCCUCCAUCGUGCGGCUACUCCAGUGCGACCCCAGCUCGGCCUCCCAGUUCUGAACCCCCUGCCCUGCUACGACCCUUUCCUCCUCACCCUCUCUGUUGCUAUUGAAACAGUCACUCAAAUCAAUGCAUGAUGGUUCUCGUCUCUCAUAUCAUCUCUCUUAUUUUUUCUUUUUUUUCUUUCGUUGUUGUGUGCAAGGAUGGAGGAGAGAUUUUAAGGAGGAUAAGAAAAGCCAUCACUAUUAUUUUACUUUCAUUUUCAUAUUUGAUGAAGGGACAUGCAUACAUUUAAUGAUGGGUCGACAGUGGCUUCCACUAAUGUUCCCGAAUAUCUCUCUCUCUCUGGAACGACGAAUUUCCAGGAGAAGGUGUGGAUUCUUGCAGGGCGGGGAUGGCUCAGUUUGUCCUCCAACACAUAUGUAUAUCAUGUAUAUACUGUACGUCUAUGUAUAUCAUAAGAUGAAGUUUGUCUUCAUGUAUGGUGCACACUCUGGCAUUGAGAGGCAGUAUUAUGUAGCGUAGCUUCCUGGUGUGAUCUGGACGGGUGGUCGGGGUGGAGGUGGGUGGGAGUGGGGGGUUAUUGGGAUUUUACUGCUAUAUGAUCUUUCGCUGAGAAAAAGAAGGCCUAAGAUCCCAUUAGCUUUUUAUUGAUAUCUACUGGCAUGUUGAUUUUUAAUUGGUUUUUUUGUACAUAUUGUUUUCCUCCUUCAUGUUUUAUUUAUUCAUUUUUAUUCUUAUUAUCGUGCUUUUACUUUGAUAUGUUGUUAAAGAUGACCGUAUUCCAGUUUACAGUGACAGAGAGAGAGAGAAAACGUGACUUUAGAUUGAUCUCUUCAGGAUAUGUCUGAGUGGAAGAUUGUGAGACUCUAGUGACGUAAGAGGAUCCUGUAUUGCGUUUGAUCAAUGACACCAGUAGCACAUAUCGUUUGAGCCGCCAUGAGUUUAUAAAGUAUGGCUGUGCAUUUGGUGUGAAUGCGUGUGUGUGCAUGUGAAUAUGCACUGUGUGCUCGAGGCUAACUUUUACAGUAUUAUCAUGUUGUGUUGUUUCUUAAUUUGUAAGUAUUUUAAAGUUCUUUAACAACGAGCAGUAAACUUAAGAUAGUCGUAACCUGUCACUAUACUGCAUGAUCCUGUGAACUGACAAAAAUCCACAUAAAAAAAAAAAAAAGCAGUUAACGCACAGCAGUAUCUUUUUGUAGCUCUGCAGCCUCCUCAGCACUGUACCAGGCAGAAAUGAUUGAGUAUUUGUCUUGCUUUGGGACAAACCCUCCCGCCCCCUCGCUGCCCUCCCCUCCCUCUCCCUCUUUUCCUCUGACAGACAGAGAACUCACUAAGGGCUCGUUCAUCACUCUCUAGCUGAAUGCUUUUAUAACCUCCUGGAUUAGUCUGCUUACAGAGCAGUUAGAUGAAGGGACAUGUUUCCUGAGAUAGGAGCAAGUGCACAUGCUUGUUCUGGGUAGAGUUUUCAGGGUUUCCAGAUAUAUGUCGUAAUGUGACAGACAACAGUGGCUGUGUUUACAUGAGCACCGAUAAAAGUCCUUCAUGAAUUAUAUUUUAAUUUACCAAAUAUUUAGAGCACCAAGAAAGCAGGACAUUUACAGAGUGUUCACACCAAACGUGGAGCAAGAUUUUCAUGCAUACAAAGUUAAUACAAAGACGUGAACAGAUGCAAAUUCGUGCCGGCAACAUAAAUGAUGUGAAUGUAAUUUGCACCAUUAGCAUGUUUGCGCUAGUUGAAGAUUAUCAAUUAGCACCAGAAAUUUGCAUGACAUCUCUUCCUAAUAUGUAGCAAGUAGAGCUUAGAUUCUCUGCCCACCACUAUCCUCAGGCUCGGAGGGGUCGGGCUCCUCAUAAUAGACCUAGGCUAUGGAACCAACCACUUAUCACACCUGGCCACGCACAUGAGUUGUUGACGGUGACAACGUGUGCGUCGGCUUCGUCAAGUGUACGUGCAGCACGAUGCUGCUAAAAAACAUGUCGGGUUUAAACCAGGCUCGGGCUCGUAAUUAGUUAAAGGGCCGGGCCGGGCUCGGACAGAACAUGCACGGGCUCAGGUGGGGUCGGGCUGGAUUUUUUUGGGCCCGAUCUAAGCUCUAGUAGCAAGAGAACAAAUGCUAGUGGAUGAAAUGCGAAAGAUUGUCCAGAUUUACUACGAGCAACUGUAACAUUCAGGGAGCCUAUCGAGCCAUGAUGGAGCCUAAAGGUUCAUUCUCACUGCUGCGUUGCGGAAAUGCGGGACGGAUUUGCGUAAUAUUCCGCCUUUAAACCAUACACACAGACGCGUUGCGGAAUUUCGCGUUGUUGUGUUGCAAGUCUGCGCAGUGUGAACGGGUGUGGGUGAACAUGGACGGGAACUGCCCAUUGGUUCGACAUCCCAUUGUUCCGACCAUAUUAAACUCAUUGUUCCGAAGUCCGUUCCGAAAUCAUCAUGAUGCCCUGUGGUUAAGGUCUGGUUAGGUUUAGGCACAAAAACCACUUGGUUAGGGUCAGGAAAAGAUCAUGGUGUGGGUUAAAAUGAAAAAGAAAGUGACAAACACAUAAGCCGUGAGCCUGCUCUGCCUCAAGCCGGUCGCGGCGCACCAUAUGCCCGCCGCGAGCCGUUCAGCACCGCGGACAGUCGGACUAAUGGGCUGUCGAACCAAUGGGCUGUCGGACCAAUGACAUGGACCCACAUGGACGAGAGUAGCAGCAGCAGCAAGCUAGCAAGCUAACGUUUAACAAGCGUCAGCAUCAACUUUCUUUAGCACUUACCACUCUCACCGCAGCCACCAAGCUGGACAAUGGACUGCCAGACGUUGUCCUUUAAUUCAUUGUUCAUAAAAUCAUCCCGUCUUUUAUCAAAAAGGACGGGGUGCUGUGAAACAAGUUUUAUCAACCAUUCUCUCAUACUGUCCUGCCUGGCUGGAUUUCGGACUCUCCCGGGUCUGUGCGACGUCACUAUAAACAAACAAUUUCAUUGGCCCAGCUGUGUAGUUCUGCCGGCGAAUUCCGCGGGGGUCAAAGUCUGGGCGGAAACUUUUUUCACUGCAUGAAAGUUCCGCCCCGUUGUGCAAACUUCCAUAAGAACCCAUGAAAUCAACUUUUAUAUUUUUCCGCAAGAAUAAUCCGCGUGGAUAUUCGCCCUCAGUGAGAAUGGACUUUAAUGGUGAUUUCACACCGCCACGCAGUAACUUACCGCCUCCAAUUAUUUCAGUUCGGGGAAGGUAGCUGAGGGUGAGUGGUUUUGAGCACGAUGGUAGGGUGUUAAGCAGUUGCUGCCACCAUGAACAUGCACAGAUUUUGCUCUGCCACGCAGAGACCACCGUGUUGACCUUCUAGUAGUUGCCACUAGGCUUUGGCUGAUCAAGGAGUGGGCAUCGCAGAAGCAGAAAGCAAACUAGACGGAGUAGAUGAUAAUGUUGGUGUCUGAAUACCGGGAAUCAUGGCGCCAGCCUUUCCACCAAACUCCAGAUGACUGGUAUAUUGUCCUGAUGUAGAAAACUUUGGUAGGUUUCACUGAUUUCGGUAGUACGUUACUACGAACCAAGUUAAAAGAAUCCGCGUUUGUAACCCAAGUGGAAAACUCGCUUUGCAUUUGGUGUGAACCUGCCAUUACAGACACGGCAUCAAAUCUCUUAAGCUUAGUGAUAUCAAAGUUUUAAAACGUAGCCUCAACUGAAAAACAUAUGCUUUAAAAAAAAAUCCGUGUACAUGUGAAAACAGCCACUGGUUGCAGGAUUACCAGCACUACUCCCAUUAACCAUAGAAGGCCCCCAUUGUCAGAUCACUAUUGCCAUCUUCUGGUUUGGAGGUUAAACACAACACAAAUUCUGUUUGUGAAGAAGCCGUGGGCAUGCUGGGGACAAAGCAGUGAAGUCGCAGAUAACCGUACAUCAUUCUUUUAGGAGGGGACCUUCAGGUUCUUUACUUUUAUAGGCUGAUAAGUUUAAUGUUUAAGUGUUUUCUGUAUUUAAAAGUGGUGGAAUGUAACUAAGUACAUUUACUCGAUUGCUGGAAUAAGUACAGUACUAAGGUACCCUACUGUACCGUUUCAUUUUAUGCUACUUUAUACUCCUCCACGACAUUUCAGGGGCAAAUAUUGUACUUUUUACUGCACUACAUUUACCUGACAACUGUAGUUACUAGUUAAGAUUUUACACUCAAAGUAUAUCAGUUUAUGAAGUAUGUUGUAUUGUUAUAGAUUAAACUGCCCCAAAUUAUAUGAAUGGGUUUAAAUUAGCUUUAAUCAUGAGGUUCAGUGUUUGUUCAGUAAUUGUAUUCGUAUGUUAGAAGAUCCUUUUGAGAUGACACUGAAACGCGUCAUUGAAAUCCAGACUAAUGCAGUUAUUUCAGGCUGGUUAGCAGCUCCAUAAAGGAGGGUUAGACAGGCUUCCCUUAACACACUGUAGAAAGUGAGGAAUAAAACCCUGGCACAAAAUGAUUUCUCUGUCUGCCACAUGAGAUAAAAAUAACUGAGUGGGACACGUUUCUAUAGCAAGUCAGAGAAGAGCCUCUGUCACACCAGACUCAACAUCAGAUAUUUCAAAAAUGGCCAAUAUCAGCCCAGUAUGUCUGUUGCCCAACAUCUCACUACCUCACAAAUUGAGCUAUUGUGUGCAGUGGUGGCAAAAUGAACUACCAGUGAGAGCCGUGCUGGUGCAGCUGCAUCCACACGACAUUACUGACCUAACUUGUACCAAACAUUUGCACAGGAGCUUCCUAACCAGCUGCACCUCUGCUUUCGGGGAUCCUAUAGUGUCACUGCCUUCUGCUGGUAGGAUAAGGAACAACAGUUGCUAACCCCUGAUCUACACUUUAACCCUUUUCUAUUCUCACUGCCUCUGAUGAACUGGUACCUUGUGUUGGAUAAAUACACCCCUUUCUUUCUUUCUCCCUUCCUCACCUCCCUUUCCUUCCUGUUUUUCUGUUGCAUGAAAACCUCACGUGAGGAUGACAUGUUUGUUCCGUUGGACCUGAAAUCGAAAUAUACCUAUGUGUUUCAAAGC